GUUUCUCAAGUUUGUAGGUUUUGUUUACUUUCAAUCGCACGCGUUGAUGAACCAAAAUUCGAAAUGGCAGUGUUCGGUCCCGGAAAACCCCGGAAGAUUCCGGUUCCCAAGCGGCACGGCGUGCGUGACCCACUGAAGAGGAAGGCCGAACAGGAAGCUGCGAUCAAAGACAAAAUCAACAAUCCUCCGAAGGAACGCGACGUUCAGGAAGUUUCGAACCGAUUCAAACGGUUUGUCCAACUUAAGGAGCAGGCCAACAACCCGGCUGCGGCCGCCGCUCAGAAGCGCAAACAGCAACAGAAGCGUAAACGCGACAACAAACGGAGUGCCCUCCAGGUCGGCGAUUCCGUCGUGCACCAGCUGCCCAAGGAACCGGAAGCGGCCUUUCUGGAGCGUGUCACCAAAGUGCAGCAAGACCGCGUGCUCGAGGCCAAAUUCUCCACCAAGUACAACGUCGAAGUGGAACGGGAUGACUCGACAGGGGCGAUUAAGCUCAAGAAGAAAAAGUCCCACGAAAUCGACGAGCUGCUUAAGAAAAAGGCCGAAGAGGCCAAGGGUGGCUUCAAGCGGAAAAAGAAGGUCAGGGAGGUCCAGAAGAAGCUGACGCUGAGCGAGAAGAAGGCUCUCAAGAAGCAGAAACUGGCCGACAAGCAGCGCAAAGAGGAAGACAAACUGCUGGAAGAGUUCCAACUGGAUAAGGUCGAGUUUGGCGAAGUGGUCAGCGGACCUCCCACGCUCAACACCAAACCACGGCACGCGGACAAGCUGGACGGAGCGCCGAGGCCGGGCAAGAAGCGACUGCUGCUGCACACGAUGCUGGAACAGUCAAAGGAAGGCGGUGAGGAGGGUGAGGAAGAGGAGCCGCGAAAAAAGAAGGCAAAAAAGGCGGACAAGAACCAGCCAAAGGUGGACGAAGGAAAGCGGAAGAACUUGCCGGUGGCGACCCGGAUCAAGCUGGACCGGGAGCAGCAAAGUGUGAUUGAAAUGUACCGGCAGAUUAAGAAGCAGGGGAGGAAGGUUGAAUAAAGAUUGUUUAAAAAAGAAAU